UCAAACCAAAUUUCUUCUUUCAAGAAAUAACAGUUGAAACAAACAUUUGGAGAAAAAUGAAGUUCUUGAUCUGCUUAUUUGCCUUGACGGCAUCCACAAUGGGUGGCCUUUUGCCACAGAGCUACCUGCCACCACAACAGCCACACUCACCAGCACCACAUUACGGUCCACCACAACCACAAGCACCAACAUACUUGCCACCAACACAAGGACCACAAUGUGUAGCAGAAGUUCGAAAGGUCGAAGUUCCAGUAGAAAAGGUCGUUGAACAAGUCCAAUACCGUGAUGUUCCAGUACCACAACCGUACGAAGUCCUCAAGGAAGUUCCAAGAUACGUUGACGUUCCAGUCGAAAAAGUCAUGUACCGCGAUGUGCCAGUCCCACAACCAUACGAAGUCAUCAAGGAAGUUAAAAAAGUUCAAUACCGUGACGUUCCAGUCCCACAACCAUACGAUGUUGAGAAAGUCGUUGAAGUCGAAAAGAAAGUACCACAACCUUACCCAGUUGAAAAAGUCGUAGAAGUUGAAGUUCCAGUAGAAAAGGUCGUUGAAAAAGUGAUGUACCGUGAUGUUCCAGUCCCACAACCAUACGAAGUCCUCAAGGAAGUUCCAAGAUACGUUGACGUUCCAGUCGAAAAAGUCAUGUACCGUGACGUCCCAGUACCAAUGCCAUACACAGUUGAAAAAGUAGUCGAGAAAGUCGUAGAAGUACCAGUAGAACGUGUCGAAUACCGAGAUGUACCAGUCGAGAAACGCGUCCCAGUUGAAAUUAAGGUCUGCGAACAACAAAAAUCCCAACCAGAUGGCGGAUACAAAUACUAAGCACAUGAACUCAUUUUAACGUUUGGUAAAGAGAUGGGAUGCUGCCAAAAUAAUCAUCUAGGCGGCAUCAUCUUUUGAAUGUUGUUAUUCGUUUCCACUUGUAUAUAUAUGCCAAAUUGGAAAAAAU